AUGCAUUCAGGCAACAUUAUGCUAUUGAAACUGUUCUUCAUUCUUACUGCUGUCAGAGGUACGGAGGUCCCGGACGUAUGCCAAAAAGCUGGCCUCAUGGUUCUGAACUUUGUGGACGGGCCUGUUGCUGGUGUCACUGACAAGAUCCUGAACACAAUGAAGGACCUGGACGUAAAGGGCAUGUUCACUUUCACUGUGAACCAGCGUGUCACCGGAAAUGUCAAGAACCUGUAUCAGAGGGCAUGGGAAGAAGGGCACACUGUUGGGCUCAGGCUCAAUCCAAGCAUGGACAGUGGCUAUGACACAAUGGAUCGCGAUUCUAUGGAGCAGCUUGUGAAGGAAGAGCUCGACACUAUUGAUGGGCUUUCGCAUUCAGAGAUCAGAUACGCAACUCUUCCAGUCGAUGGAGGGCAAGUAAACUCUGAGAUGUACAAUGUGCUCACCGAGAAUGGUGUCCUGCCUGUUGGAUACACAUUCUGCCCAUACGACUAUGAGGGACAAUCAAUCGAAAAGUUCGAAGACUUGAUCAAUAACUCAAACCCAAACUACCACUCGUUCAUCAUCAUGAUGCAUGAUGAGAUGGAGGCUGAUACGUCACGCUUGGAGCAGAUGGUGCAGAUAGGCAGAGACAGCGGAUACAUAUUUGUGAAUAUGGAUGAGUGCCUCAAAGGAUACAAAGGCGCAUCUGGAGAGCCAGAGCUCAAGCUCAGAGGAAAGGGUGUUGAAAGCAUUGCAAGCUUCAUGCCUUUUCUUUUGCUGUUAGCAAGACUCUUGUAA